CUGGGUUGGAAGGCGCGAUCCGAUGGCACGUCGUCCCCGAAAUGGAUAUCAACCCGUUGCUCGCACAUCGCGAGAUGGAGUCGAAGAAGAAAUCGGCCUCGAGGACCUCGAAUCAGCCAGUCGCCGUGGACCUGCCCCUGUCGAAGCUGCCAGGGUAAGAAGAAGGCGGCCCAGGCACUGUUUUCCCCUCUUGAAUCUUCGUGGAACGAUAUCCUCCAUUUUUUGUAUUCUUGUCGGUCUCAUUGUCUUCACUUUCCUCCUGGUUCCAUCUUACACCAAUCUCCCCCCACAUUAUACUGCGCUUCGAGAUGCCGUGCAACAGUCCACGGCGCCUGGUCGAGGGAACCUACGCAACUCGACUGUCUUCAUCGCUGCCAGCCUCUAUGACAGGAACGGGGCCCUGGCAAGCGGACCGUGGGGUCAGAGUCUUCUCAAUUUGAUUGAUAUGAUAGGACCAGACAAGGUCUUUCUCAGCAUCUACGAGAAUGAUAGCGGACAGGCUGGACAGCAUGCUCUUCAGCAGUUGAGCGAUCGGGCCACCUGCAACAAAUCCAUUGUGUAUGAGGAGCACUUCAACUUCACAGGGUUCCCCACCGUCACUCUCCCAGAUGGAUCGGAACACGUCCGACGCGUCGCCUUUCUGGCCGAAGUGCGCAACCGGGCCUUGCGUCCUUUAGAAGAGCAUCCCGAGCUCCAGUUCGACCGGCUUUUGUUCCUGAACGAUGUUUAUUUCAACGCACUUGACGCCUUGCAACUCCUCUUUUCGACGAACACUCAGAACGGCGUACCGGACUAUCGAGCCGCCUGUGCGGUGGACUUUAUCAAUCCAUUCAAGUUCUAUGAUACAUUCGCAUCGCGCGAUCUGGAGGGAUACGGGACGGGGCUCCCAUUUUAUCCGUGGUUUGCCGCCGCCGGUCAGGCCCAAAGUCGACAAGAUGUCCUGCAUGGGAAAGAUGCUGUGAGGGUGCGCAGUUGCUGGGGCGGGAUGGUCGCGUUUGAUGCCCGAUUCUUCCAGCAUCCACUUCAGUCCUCGAUUUCUGCCAUCGACUAUGAUCAAGAAGGGUACAUGGACCGCGACGUGCCGGUACGAUUUCGCGCCGAGGAAGAUCUUUUCUGGGAAUCGUCCGAAUGUUGUCUGAUCCAUGCGGAUAUUCAAAGGCCACCGUCGCCUGCCAUCAGCAAGCAGGAGGAUACAGGCAUCUAUAUGAACCCGUUCAUCCGCGUCGCGUAUCACCCUCGAUCGUUUAGCUGGCUGGGAACCACCCGUCGGGUCGAGAAGUUAUAUUCUGUGGUGCACGGGAUCGCGAGUCGGAUUGCAGGCUUGCCAGUAUACAACCCGCGCCGGGCGGAGGUUGCGGGCGAGGAAGUGCAAGAACGGGUCUGGGUGCCGGAUGGGUCGGGCUACGGCGGCACAUUUCUGAUGGUCAACCGAACUGCCAGCUACGAUGGAUUCUGCGGUCGAUGGGAUCUCCAGGUUCUCACGAGUCGGGAGGAGAGCGGAGAGGGUGGUUGGAAGUCCGUUCCGGUCCCGGCUUAG